AUGGCAAUGGAGAUCGCGCUUCCGGUUUCUUUGUGCACGUCAGUUAAGCCGUUCAAGACUGGAAGGAGGAUUCAAGGAAACAAGAUCCACAGAAGUGUACGGAAGCAGGAUGUAAAGCGCUACGAGAGGUAUCUUGAAGUCGGUGCUUGGAAGUUCAUACAGAAUUUCACGGUGGCGCAUGCAACCGGCCACAACCGCACAACCCCGAACCCUUACAAAUUAGCUUUCAUCAAGGAGACGUUUGUGCUUCCAUCAACGAAUCUUGGCGACGGUAACUACUUGAUGUUGGCCAGUUACAAGCAGAUCCACGAUGGCAAAGUGAAUGAGAGCAUUUUACAUGACAUAAUAGGUCAAGUCAUCAACGUUGGACCGAUGGAAGAAGUUGAUAUGCAGAACCAAAAACAGAAAAAACUGGAGAUAAAACUCGGGAUGGAAGGUAGUUAUCAAUGCUUUCAAUGA